AUGUCAGUUGAAACAGUUGAAAACGAAGAUGCUUCAGGACUGAAGGAAGCUAUGAACGAAGCUUUUGCCCGUUUUGGCAUUACAAACUUUGAAUCGAAACUAGCUGCAACUGGUCUAGAUGGGGCAAGUUUUAAUAUGGGGAGAAAUACUGGUUUAGAAGCUCGUCUAAAAGAAGUCGCUCCUUGGCUCACUGUCGUCCACUGCUUCAAUCACCGUCUAGAAUUUGCUGCUGCCGACGCAUUCAAUGCUACGUUUUUUGCACAAGUAGAUGGAAUAAUGCGUCAACUGUUUUCUCUGUACCAGAAGUCACCGAAGAAACUGAGAGAGCUGAAAAAACUAGCUGAAGUGUAUGGAGAAACUGUUUAUAAGCCCAUCAAAGCAAGUGGGACAAGGUGGAUAGAUCACAAAGUGCGCGCCACGAAGGUUUUCCUGGAGAACUACGGCAUGUAUAUGCAGCAUCUUGAACAGGCCGCAACUACUUCACCUGAUGCCCAAAAGCAGAAGAUAAAUGGAUUCCUAGCUAAAUGGAAAGACGCUCGUUUCCCAAUGUAUGCUUCUAUCUUUGUGGACAUUAUUGGUCCUUUGCGUGUUUUGUCUCUUGGACUACAAACUGACGACAAUGAUCCAGUUAAAGCUUUAAGGAGAAUCAAGGAAUUUGACUGGACUAUGGUCAAGCUUCAAGGUAGUACAUUUGGCAAAGCUACUUUCGAUAAAUUUAGGAAGGAUUGCAAACCUACUGGUGACGACAAGAACCAGAUUUCGUAUCAAGGUGUUGUGCUCACAAAUUAUCCCCGUGCACUAAAUGGAGCUGCGGGACAACGACAAGAGUGGAUAGAUGCGAUUAUCCUCUGUUUGGGCAAUCGCUUUAGUGAUCUUCAAGAGACACCAGUUUACAAACACCUUUGUCCAAUUAUAGACACCCAGUCUUGGCCAGGUGAGGAAGUUAAUUUGGUGAGCUAUGGAGACGAAUCGGUUACGCUACUUGUCGACCACUUCAUUCAGCUUUGA